CAAACACACGCACACACUCGUGUGAGGAAUAGAAUCGAAAAAUCAUUUAGCAAAAUUGUUUAAGUUAAAAAUUUAUUAAAAAUAAAGUAACAAAGAAAUAUUUACAAUGUCUGAUUUAUACAGUUCCGAUUUAGGCAGUGGUACAAAGGCGAACGAAUCUGAAUUGCAAGAUUUCUUGAUGAUGGAGAAACAAAAAGCCCAAUUCAAUGCACAGAUCCACGAAUUCAAUGAUUUUUGUUGGGAAAAGUGCAUGGAUAAACCAGGAAAUAAAUUAGACAGCAAAACUGAAACUUGUAUGAACAAUUGUGUAGAGCGUUUUAUCGAUGUUUCACUGUUGAUCACAAAUAGAUUUGCACAACUUCUACAGAAAUCUGGCGGUGGACUAUAAUUUGUUAAAGAUGGAUUGUAUUAUUUAGAGACUUUAGUGUAAAUAUAAUUUUUAUAUAAAAGAGUUCUUUCUCUUGUUUAUUUGCUAGUUGUGUAGCCAUAAUGCAGGAAAGUUUUUGGAUUUAAAACUGAUUGCAGAUGAUAUAGGAAAAUUUUGCAAAUAUUAUCAGAACUAAAA